CUCUCUCUCUCUCUCUCUCUCUCUCUCUCUCUCUCUCUCUCUCUCUCUCUCUCCGUCUCUCUCUCUCUCUCUCUCUCUCUCUCUCUCUCUCUCUCGUCCCCAGGUGAUGGACACCAGGCUGUCCCAGGUGUCUGUGGAGCUGGGCCGGCAGGCGGCCCUCCAGGGGGCUGCGGAGCAGAGGGCCCAGCGGGCGGAGCAGCAGCUGGGGGACCUGAGGGCGCGGCUGCAGGACGCGCAGGCCGACCUGCUGGCUGUGGACGCGCAUCGCGACGCCCUCAGAAACACCAUGCAGCAUUAUGAAGAGUUCCUCAAGCUGCUGAUGGACACCAUGACGAUCGACGGAGUGGACCUGGACCUGGGCGUGGACAUGAGGCUCCGGCUCAUCCAGUCCCGAGCAGAACAGCUCGUCAAGCAGGAAGGGACCGCCGUGGUGGAGAACAAAACGCUGGCCUACAGCCUACAGAGAAAGCUGAAGCAGCAGAAGGAGCGUCUGGAGAGCAAGGAGCUCCACACGGCCCUGCUGAGGAAGAAGGUGCAGGAGAUGGAGGAGCAGGAGAGGAGGAGCCACUCCGCCCUGGCCCAGGAGCGGGACGGGGCCCUGGGGGCCGUCCGCAGGCUCCACAAGAAGGUGGAGCGUCUGCAGAGCGAGCUGAACGCCGCCAAGCUCGCCGGCACAGAGCUGGGGGCCCAGGCGGCGCACAGCACCGAGCUCAAGCUGGCUGUGCUGGAGCAGAGAGCGCGCCUCCAGCAGCAGAGCAGCACCCUGGAGGCUCUGGUCGAGGGGAAGAGCACAGCGGAGGAGAGGCUGAGGGUCCUGACCUCUGACCUCCAGGGCCGAGAGCAGAGGGCCAGGGAGAACCAGCGGCAGAUCGCCUCCCUCACACACUCCCUCGACCAGGCCUCCGAGAGGGAGAGAGAGCUGGUCGACCUCCGCAUGGUCGUCUCUCAGAUGCUGGGUCUCGACGCCACAACCCAGGUCACCGUGCCAAACCACCAGAUCAUCAGGUCACUGGACAGCUUACUCCACCCUCCUCUUCCUCCUCCUCAUAUUCCUCACCACCACCACCACCAACACCCGCCCCUCAAUGGGUUCUGGCCGUGCCCCGCCCACCCAGAGCCUCACACGGGGCUCAGGGAGAUCCAGGCCCAGCGGGACAGCACCCCCAGUGGCCAGGAGGUGAACAGCACCAACAGGUCCUCACACUCUGGGCCCUCGAACAGCACCACCCCACACUCUGGGCCCUAGAACAGCACCACCCCA